UACCUUCAAAACAACAAUCAAAUCAAACCCAUAAUCAAAAAUCCACUCAAGUCAACACUUUCAAACAAUCAAAAUGUCUCUCAUCUCCGCCUUCCCCAGCAGCAACCCGGAGAACGUAACCUCCCUCUUCCGCCUCCUCGACGACUACCACGACCACCUGUCUACCAAGUCGCCUGCCCUCCUCUCCGCCCGCAGCUUCACCCCCCGCUUCGACGUGCGCGAAGACAAAGAAGCCUACCACCUGGAAGGCGAGCUUCCCGGCGUCGCGCAGAAAGACGUCAACGUGGAGUUCACGGACGCGCACACGCUCGUCGUGAACGGGUCGACGCAGCGCGAGCACAAGGAGGAGGAGGACAAGACUGCCGAGGGCGGGUCGCGGUUUGUGACGACUGAGAGGAGCUUUGGGUCUUUCCACCGCAGCUUUCACUUCCCUGCGCCUGUUAACCAGGAGAAUGUGAAGGCGAAGUUGAAGGAGGGGGUGUUGAAGGUGGAUGUGCCGAAGGCGACUAAGGGGGGGAACCAAGCAUCCGACGUCGGAAAUCUGUCUGUGGUUCUUGAAACACCCUUCUUUUUUGCAAUCAUGUCGGGUGAUGAAAGACUGGACGAACUUAUUUGCGAAGGGGCGAUGGAGAAGGACGCGAUCAUGGAUCGAAUGAUAAAGCUGAAUAGAGACAGAUACAAGGAUGUCCGCUUCAAGGAGCUCUUCCACGAACACGCGACAAGGACAAGAUCUGGAGAAUGGCGCACCUCCGAGGAAGGGUUCCUGUCAAUUUUGCACAGACACGGCGCUCUCCCGUCGUCUUUGCAGGAACAGGGACGCAUCCUCUACCAGGGCUUCCUCUACUUAUCUGCGUUCCCGUUUGUCCGGAGCCCUCCCAAGACCAUGACGGUCGAAGAGUUCUUUCGGGCGUGUGAGUUUUCCGAUUUGCUUGUAUUGAAUCUGAGCGGUGGACAUACUAGGGGACCCUGGCGGUACCGAACAAAGUCAGACCGCAGGCGACUAGUAUUCCAGAGCCUGGCUACGACGCGCGAUGGGCGAAAGCUGCCCUUUGACGCCGAGGAGUGGAGCAGGCAGGCAGCGUGGAGAUCGUCUGAGCUGGACGAUGUGUCGUCGCAAGACCCGGAGGCACAGCGCUCCAACUACGACGAGCACGGCGAUGAGAUGUAUUACGACACCUUGUGCUUCAUCUGGGCUUCCCAGAGGCGCCAAGCGGGACCGGUGGUCCCCCUGGAGCAUUUCCGCGGGUUGGCAAGAGAAUUGCACGGGGAUGACUUGCAUCUCCACCAUCUUUCAAUCCCCCGGGACAGGUUCCGCUGCUUGGUCAAGUUUCUGUUGCUUGGCCAGUUUGGGAACACCGGAGGUAUGGAAAUCAGCAUAUUUCCCGACCUUGAUCGAGUGGUCAACAGCAUGGUUCGGCCGUUCUUUCGCAUUGCCGGUGUAGGGAUCACCUGGCCAAUGUUUGACGAUGCCAUGCGAUUAAUGCCUUACUUACUCCUACCGAUCUCGGAAAUAGCGAUAAGCUUCUCCAGAACCAAACCAAGCCGACCCGCCGUGUCCGCUAUGAAAGGGCUGCUGAGCGAUUUCGGGACCUCCUUGACAUUUGCCCGUUUCGCUCAACUCCGGCUCUGUUUUGGGAGCGACCUCUUCCGGAAUAAGUUGCAGGCACCUCAACGAUACGAGCCCCCCUGCAAUGUCACCUGCGUGCUCGAUUCACUCAACGCAGCCGAUCCCCGGAAUGCAGUGCGACUUACCAUCCUUCUGAUCUACGGCAAGACCUCACACACAGAUGAAAAUGUCAUUUUCGGAGCAGUCAUCCCCAAUCCAUCGGUGGAUGUCUCGGCGAUCCAUGAUGCGUCGAAGGAGUAUUACUAUACACGCUCCUGUUGUUUGUUCGAACUGAGCCCGGGGCAUGACAUAUCACGAGGAAAUCUUGGACGGCCAGGCUGGACUGCUUCUCGAGACCGGCUCUGCUUUGGGGAUACAGCGGACGGGGCUGCGAUGGUUCUGGAGGCGAGUAUGACUCGGGCGACUCUCAUCAAGAAUGUGAACCAAACAAACCCGAUUUACUCUGUCAGUCCAUGGAGAGAGGAUGGUUUGGUUGAGUGGCUUUGA